AUGGCAUCGACCAGUGAGCAAAAAUGGGGACUCCUUAGUGGACAAGAAAUGGUCAAACAUCAUACCGAAUCCUACGAAGUACAAGCGCAGUUCAACAGGCUAGUUUCGCUGGACGAAUUUGACGAAUCGCGGCAAGCAGAUCUGGAACGAAUGAAUGACCAGUUUCGUCGAUUGCUGUCGCAAGAAAGAGUGAAUAAAACGGAUGGCAUCUCGGAAGGAGUGUGGGAAAAUGAUCAUCGUCGGAUACGCAUUACAAGAGUGGAAGGAAAAUGGCAAUCGUUCGGAUAUGAGGAUUCCACUGGCAAAUAUGUGGAAAAUCAUGAAGGAUUAUUUCUCAUGGAAAUGAAUCGAUUGGUAGUUAGAUGGAACGGCAUGGUAAUGUCAAUCGAGCAAGGAUACAGCUUAUUGCUUGGCCAUUCCGGAACACUCACGCUUGAAGAGUACCAAGCCUACUCAAUUCUAGUGCGGGCUAGCUAUUACGUUCUGCGGUAUGAUUCGUCGCGAAAGUAUUGCACUGUUGAACCAGAUCUGCCCAGUGCCGAAGAACGGUGUGUGUGGAGCAAUCUGUACGCAAUGCUGAAUCAACCAAACCCUCGAGCAAAUGUUUAUCCCAAAGAGGACUCGAAACUGUACCAGUCGGUAAGGAGGUCAAUGCAAAACUAUUGUAAUAUAAUUAGAAAACCAUCGUCUUCAAAACACGUGCCAAGCGCUUCAACUUGUGAAGAAGGGCCGAUGUCUUCCGGUGAACCAGCCGUAAAGAAACAAAAACCUGAAACCUCAGCAUUAAAUGAAACGGAAAAUGACGGAUUUAAAAGAAUUGAACAUUUUCGUCGGAUGUUCGAUCGAUUCGAUAUAGUUCAGAGUUUAAUCGAAGAGGACCUUCCGUCGGAAAUGAUUGCGUUGGAACAGGAGAGCAAUUUAAAUCUCACUUUCGACCUGUUUGCAACAGAAUCUCACGUAUUCAAAAAGUCACUUCCUCCUCUGCCGAUUGCGCGAAUUAUUGUGCGAAGAUCAUCCCAACCAUUGCCUCAUGUUUCAGAGCUGUUAAGAUUGUAUCGACAGCAGAAAACUUCAGCUCCAUUGAUGUUAAUGCUCGUUUCGGAGAAUUUAUCCGUUCACUGUUUUCUGUACGACAUUAGACGUGUUACGCGGAACAUUAUUGCGAUCUCAGAUGAAUUUUCGGCGAGAUAAAUAAUGAAACAUUUUAUGCCAUCC